AUGGCUGUCGUUGCUGCUGAGAAGAAAUGGCGUCAGUAUUCUCAGAAAUAUUUGAAAUAUGGAUUCAUUACUUCAUUAACCAAUGACACCAUGCCAUUGUGUCACUUGUGUGAAAAGACUUUCAGUAAUGAUGCCAUGAAGCCUGCAAAUAUGAAGCACCACCUUGAAACGGUUCACUGUGAUAAGAAAAACAAAGACCUUGACUAUUUCAAGACACUGAAAGAAAACUCAAAACCACUCCUCUUCCAGUCAUUCCCAGCCAUUCCAUUCCCAACCACUCCUCCCCCAGCCAUUCCCAGACACAGCCCUCCCAGCAAUUACCAGCCAUUCCUCUCUCAACCAUUACCAGUUACUCCUCUCCCAGUCAAUUCCAGACACUCCCCUAACAGCCAUUCCCAGCCACUCCUCUCCCAGUCUCUCCCAGCUACUUCUCCCUCAGCCAUUCCCAGCAACUCCUUCCCUACCAAUUCCAGACACUCCCCUAACAGCCAUUCCCAGCCACUCCUCUCCCAGCCAUUCCUAACCAAUGCCCUCACAGUCUCUCCCAUCCCCAUCUCCCCCAGCCAUUUCCACCCACUGCCCUCCCUGCCUCUCAAAGCCACUCCUACCCCGGACACACAAAGCUCCUUCACCCCCAGUCAUUCUCAGCCAGUCCCCUCCCAGCCUCUCCUCCCCCAGCCAUCCCCAGCCGCUCCAUUCCCAGCCACUCCUCCCACAGCCAUUCCCAGCCUCUCCCAGUCGCUCCUCUCCCAGCCAUUCCUUGUUACUCCUCUUCCAGCCAAUGCCAGCCAUUCCUCUCACAGCCAUUCCCAGCCACUCCUCUCCCAGCCAUUGCUAACCACUCCUCUCCCAGACACUUCUACUCCAGCCAUUCCCAGCCACUCCCCUCCCUGCCCCUCCCAGCCAUUCUUCCCCCAACCAUUCCCAGCCUCUCUUAGCCACUCCUCUCCCAACCAUUCCCAGCCACUCCUUUCCCAGCCAUUCAUAGCCAAUCCCAGCCACUACUUUCCCAGCCAUUCCCAGUUACUUAUCUCCCAGCCAGUCCUCUCCCAUGCAGUCAUUCCCAGCAACACAUCUCCCAGCCUCUUCGAGCCAAUCCCAGCCAUUCCCAGCCACUCCUCUCCCAGCCAUUCCUCUCCCAGCUAUUGCCAGCCAUCCCUCUACUAG